AUGGAGAGCGCCCAACACCGCUUUCAGGCCAUACCAGUUGCCCUCUGCCUCCUCCUGGGCAUUGGGACGGCAGCCCCAGAGUCAUUCCAUGUGCUGGGUCCCGCCAGCCCCGUCUCCGCCCCGCUGGGGGGCACUGUGCUGCUGCCCUGCCACCUCUCCCCCGCACUCAGUGCCCAGGCCAUGCAGGUGAAAUGGAGCCGGCCCCAGCUGGGCCAGGAUGUCCACGUGUACCUGCCGGACGGGAGCGAGAUACAAGGAACGGGCUACCAGGGCAGGACGGAGCUCAUCAUCCAGGGCCUGGCCAACGGGAAUGUCUCCCUGAGGAUCCGGGACAUCCGGCUGUCAGACGAAGGGCAGCACUUGUGCGAGGUCCGGUCACCCACUCACUACAGCACGGCCCUGCUGGAGCUCAGCGUGACAGGCUCUGGCUCAGACCCCGUCCUGCAUAUGGCUGGGCACAAGGACCUGGGGGUGUGGGUCUUGUGUCUCUCUGCGGGGUGGUACCCGGAGCCCCGGGUGAUCUGGAGGAAUGGCCGCAGGGAGACCCUGAGCCCUGAGUCUGAACAGAAACCGCGCAGUGACGACGGCCUAUUCAACGUCUCCAGCUCCUUGGUGGUGACUGAGAGCUCGGACCCAGCACUGACCUGCACUGUCAGAGCCGGCUUCUCCGGCCCAGAGAGAGAGACAACUAUUCGUAUCACAGGGCUCUUCCCCAGGCAUGCCCCGGAAAUGAUGGCCUUUCUCAUCUUUCUACCAGUAUCUGUCUUCCUCGUGACUUUGGCUGUUUAUCUCUUCCGAAAGCUCCAGGUACUCAAAGAGGAGGUGUCCAAAGAGCACGAGGAGAUGUCCAAAGAGCGCGAAUGGAGACAAUUUCUUGAUAAAGUGUCCCUGUCAGCAGCAGACGUGACGCUGGACCAGAACACUGCCAACCCCUUCCUGGUGCUCUCAGUGGACGGCAGGAGUGUGACGUGCGGCAUCCUCUGGCAAGACGUCCCCAAGAGUGACCAGAGAUUCGACCCCCUCCCCUGCGUCCUGGCCUCCCAGUGCUUCGCAGCCAGGCAACACUACUGGGACGUGGAGGUGGGCCGGUGGGGAGACUGGGCCAUCGGGGCAGCCCGGGGCACCGUGGAGCGCAUGGGGGCGUUCCGGCUCUCCCCGGAUGUGGGGGUCUGGGCCUUGCAGUGCCAGGAGGGGGAGUGGAGCGCUCUCACUUGCCCCGAGACCCCGCUGCAGCUGGAGUCAGCACCCAGGAUAGUCCGGGUGCACCUGGACUGCGAGCGGGGGAGCCUGGCCUUCUACAACGCUGAGGGCAUGUCACACAUCUUCACCUUCACCGGCUGUUCCCGGAAACCUCUCUUCCCCUUCUUCUUGCUCUGGACCUCUGGGACGCAGCUGACCAUACUACAUCCGGGGCAGAGAAAGGCCAUGGAGAUGGACAGGACAACAUGUACAGUAACACCCAAACUGGGGAAAAGGCAGGGCAGUCUUAUAGAACUUCUGAUCAUGCCAGGGCAGAGUUAA